GGACCUGUUAUUCAGUGAGGUAGAAACAUGUUGUCUUGGCUGAACAAACCAACUCUGCGUAUACAAGAAUCUCUGAUCCAGGAACACCUGGGAGAUGCCCGCCACGUGGCUUAUAUUUCAAAGGUCACCGUCACAUGACAAGAAUACAUCUUGCAUCUGCAUGAUGUAUUGGCGUGGACUUACGACUGUCGCGGUAUGCUGGCUGGUAGCGGUAUCGGCCCAGCGCCAGAGUCAAGAACAGCUAAAGAUCGAGGUGCUGAGUAGACCUGGUGUAUGUAAUAGCCAGGCGGUGACCGGGGACAAGGUGCAAGUUCACUACAUCGGCAGGCUUGUUGAUGGCACUGUCUUUGAUCAGAGUCGACCUCGCGGAGAACCAUUUGAGUUCCGCCUGGGAUCGGGGCAAGUGAUCAAGGGCUGGGACCGUGGCCUGGAGGGCGCUUGUGUUGGGGAGAGUCGCCGCCUCACUAUUCCACCGCAUCUCGCGUAUGGCAGCAAGGGUGCAGGAGGCGUCAUCCCUCCAGACGCGACGCUGAUCUUCGAAGUGGAGUUGAUGCAGCUACCGGACAAAGUGGUGCGGGCUGAAGAACAGCCUCUGCGUCGCCCUGAUCCCAGUCAUCAGCAACCGUCUGCACCAAGCAAGCUGGUAGUGCAAACAUUGGUGCGGCCUCCGACAUGCAGCCCUGUGACUCGCCGCGGCGAUACUCUCACCGUUCACUACACUGGUCAGCUCGUGGACGCCAAGAAAUUUGACUCGAGCGUGGAUCGUGGGGAACCCUUCGUGUUCCAGCUGGGACAAGGCUCAGUUAUCCCUGGUUGGGAGGAGGGUAUGGAGGGCAUGUGUGUAGGGGAGAGCCGCUUGCUGGUGGUACCGCCCCACCUCGCCUACGGCAAGAAGGGUGCCGGCGGCGUGAUCCCGCCAGAUGCAACACUUAUCUUCACAAUUCAGCUCCUGAAUAUCAACUGAGCCUCGUUGUCUUGCUGCAGUCCGAACAUGUGCCAACAAAUGACAUUGGUAGUAAAAGCUUCAUUCUGCAUUGUUAGUGUUCCC